GGCCGUCGCUCUCCCGUUUCUGUCGCUGUUUUAGAACGCUGGUUACCAUUUAUUAGACUUUACAGGAAGAUGUAAACCUACUGACACUGCUGUGUAAUGAGUGCUCUAGGAAGACUUUCUCUGAUCUGUUUCCAUUCUGCAGCACACCGAGAACUUUUUGAGACGAUUCUUGUCCAAAGCAAGAUGUUACGCUCAGUAAACCUGAGGCACACAUCAGGCUCUGUCCCAUUGCACAUCAAUAGAAUUCUGGUUAAUCAAAACCCAUGUUGAAACCACUUCUUACAUUUGUUACAUAUUUUGUUGCAGCUUAAGCUGCAGCCAAAUUAUUUUGCUACAUUAUUUUGCUCCUUUCAAUCAGAAUUCUAAGUCAGCUGCCUAAUUCUAGGCAUUUACAAUGCAUUUAGCAGGUUACAGAACUCUAGAAGUACAUUUGUCCCGAUUCACAGUUAACACCCUGCUACAUAUCCCUGCUACUGCAGGGGUAGAAGUGACCUUGAAAUAAACAGGAAUUGGACCAGAUUCCUCACUUGAAAUUGCAGGUCAGAUCCAACGAUGUCCUGGCAUAAAUAGAGCCCACCUAAGGGAUUCCACACAUCUAAAGAGCUUUGAACAAGUUUUUUUGCACAUAUUCUCGGCCAUUAGCUAGAAGAACCUUUGGCCUUCUACUUGUAGAGGAGGAUGUGAGCAGGAUGAACACAGAUGUGAAAGUGGGGGGGUAACAGGGUGUACAUAUUUGGGAGGCAUAUUUUUUUGCCAUAAAGCCAGGCUUGAGGAGAGGGGUAGAUACUGGUCUAUGGGUGUGUCAAAAAUACGGCAGUUCUCCACCCAUCCCUCCUCACAAAAACAGUGUGAGGGAAAUUCUGUUUACUUGAGUCAGAUUAUAGCAGUUUCAAGGAAGGUCAUGAUUUGGGCCUAAACAAUUUUGGCUUACUGCCAGCAACUUGUUUUCAAAAGUAUAAAUAGAAAUUACUUCAGAGUACUCUGAAAAAUAAAAAUCAAUGGGCAGGAGAAGCCAGCUGAACUGUAUUUCAAAGUAUUUCCAGGUAUGUCCUUAAAUGAGGUGAGAUAGUAUGCAACAAGGAAUGUCUCUCAUAAAUAUUAACCUAGUUUAUCUUUAAUGAGGUUUGACUACAUUUAAUUAGUUUGAAAGAUUUCAUUUUAGAAAACGUAGGUCUCAUUCCUGGCUAGAAGAGGUGUUACAUGACCUAAUAAUCUUUUCCAUUUUUAGAUGCUGCUGCCUGCCAUGAUGCUCUGUGUGAUUUGUACCAUUCCCCAAGGACAAAGCAGAGCGAUCCUUGGUUUGGACAAGUCCUGCAGUGCCUCCUCCACCAGUCUCCCUCCACAGAAACCCAGCUGGGCCUUAACCAUGGCAGUUCCUACAAGGUGACAGGGCCACAAAGCUCUUAAUAACUGCUACAAUAUAAAGCAAAUAGUUUUCUAGCUCUUAUAACACAUCCACAAGAGUGAUCCAGUCCUUCUCUGCCUUGGUAUUAGCAAGGGGGAAAACUGCUAAUUUUUGUCCUGUAGUAGGUGCUGCAUGUGGACAGUGUCCAAGGAAGCCUUGCCAAGUGCUAUUUUCCUCCCAUAGUAGCCCUGGGUGUUUAGCUUUUCUACAUAUUAAAUGAUUGGGGAAGAGUGACUUGGCUUUUGCUUUUUGAAAAAAAUAAUGUGGAAAAUACCACUGUCAUUAGUCAUUUUUACCAUGGAAGUGGCAUUUCCUGGAGCAGCUCCCUGUUAGAUCCAUCCUAGAGACUGCAGGGCUGCUGCCUAGGUACACCUGGCCUAGCUGGAUUCCCUCUUUGUGUUUCCAUGAACAUACAGCCUCAUCCUAAAAGGCAGCCUUGGAGGUGGAUUCUCUGGGGCUGGUAACCUGAGCAGAGCUGAGUCAGGAAGGUGUGUGCUUUAAAGUGCCAGUAAAUGCAUCUCAUGACUGAAGAGGAAACUUGUACCCAGUGAUGUUUGGGGUGGCUAUUUCCUUUAUAAGUCUUCUGUGCCUCUCUUUCAAGGAGAAUGUGUUCAUACCCAUGUGUUUCACAGCUGCUGAGUGCAAAGGUGACCCACAGGACUUGGGCAGCUCACUGCCUUGCUAUAAAAACUUGGAAGAUGUGAAAAUCAGGUGGCCAUGCUUGGCUUUAAAAAGAUUUCACUGACAGUCUGAAUGAAUUAACUCUCUGGGGUUCAAACCAGCAGGCAUUGUCAGAUACAAGGGAUUAAAAGGCUUUUUAAUGUGGCUUAGUAGUGUACAGAAGAUUGGCUUACUUGUAUGAGCUCUUCUUUUGUCACAUUGAUCUUUAUUUUGCAUUGUGCUUAGUACAACAGAAACUGGAGGCUGAAGUCUUCUUUCCUGAAUCAUCUGUCAGGACUUGGCCCUUUUAUUGCUUAGUAAAAUAAUUUUUUGUGAAGGAGGAAUUGAUUUUUGCCAGUGUAGCCACUGUUGAGUAAUAGCUGAAGAAUACCAAGUUGUAAUAAUUUCAUGAGCACUGUAUGUGGCCAGGUUGGUGAGAGGAAGUUACUAUAGGGUGAGUUGUACUUCUUUAUAUUGCUUUGCUCUAUAGAUGUAUCGAUCUAACCUAAUAGGGAGCUAGCUGAUGAAGGAAUAAAAGGCAAUUCAGCGGUUCCCCUGUGUCACCUUUAUGUGGCUAAGCCCAUGAGGUGGUAAUUAUGGGAAUGAUAGCUCCAGUUCUGAGGGAUGCAGCUGGUUUGCCAGGCUGUAAACUAAAAAUUAUAGGAGGAUAAAGUUGGCAGUGACUGAUGGCAGAAAUACUUCAACACCAAGGCAGACUUCGCAGAAGAGUGUGGAUGAAGAUGAGCCUUCCUCUCUGCAGCAGUAAAGAUGAUGACAUUGAAGAGGGAGAUCUCCCUGAACACAAGAGGCCUCCAGCACCAAUAGACUUCUCAAAAAUAGAUCCAGGCAAGCCUGAAAGCAUCCUGAAGCUGACAAAGAAGGGGAAGACUUUGAUGAUGUUUGUCACAGUGUCGGGAAAUCCCACAGAAAAGGAGACAGAAGAAAUCACCAGCUUGUGGCAGGGCAGUCUCUUCAACGCAAACUACGACGUGCAAAGGUUUAUUGUUGGCUCCAAUCGGGCCAUCUUCAUGCUGCGGGAUGGUGGCUACGCCUGGGAGAUCAAAGACUUCCUGAUAAAUCAGGAAAGGUGUGCAGAUGUUACUCUGGAAGGUCAGGUUUAUCCUGGCAAAGGAGCAGAUGAAAAUGAGAAAGUGAAAAACAAAACAAAACCUGAAAAAGCAAAGAAGAAAAAAGACGCAGAGAAGAAACCUAAUGGUGUCAAAGAGGACAACCGAGCAACCAACCAGAGAGAGGAGCUAUGACAGCCACAGUACCCAGACUGAACCCUGCUCUGCUGCUCCUUGAGGGGAACCUGCUGAUGAGUCCUGGCUUUUGGGGAGGAAGGAAGCAGAGA